UUCUGGUUAAACUUAAGAAAGAGAAAAUGGAGAAGGAAGGGAAAGAAUGGAAGGCCCAAGUCAUAGUCUUCCCUUUCCCAGUCCAAGGCCAUAUAAACCCAAUGCUACAAUUCUCCAAACGCUUGUUCUCCAAAGGCCUCAAAGUCACUCUUGCCACCACCCACUUCCUUCUUAACCACUCCACCUUCCAAACUCAAACCCAAACCACUGUCACAGUCGAACCCAUCUCCGAUGGCUUCGACAAAGGUGGCAUGGCCGAAGCAGCAAGUGUCGAAGCCUACAACGAUCGGUUCAAAGCCGUCGGCUCAGAGACCUUGUUUGAACUCAUCAAGAAACAGAGGAUUCCUGUUAAGUGCCUUGUCUAUGAUUCCACUCUGCCUUGGGCUCUUGAUGUAGCCAAAAAGCUUGGCAUAGCUGGAGCUUCAUUCUUCACUCAGUCUUGUGCUGUGAAUUCUAUCUAUUACCAUGUGAAACAUGGCCUUCUGAGUCUUCCUGUGCCAGGACCUACUGUGUCCAUUGAUGGACUUCCCCUGCUUCAAAUAAAUGAUCUGCCAUCCUUUGUUUCUGAUUUGGAAUCUUACCCAUCAUUGCUGCCCAUCAUGUUGAUCCAAUUCUCUAACCUUGAAGAGGCAGAUUUCAUCCUCUUCAACACAUUUGACAAGUUAGAGGACCAGGUAUUGAAUUGGAUGGUGAAGCAAUGGCCAAUCAAGACAAUAGGACCAACCGUGCCAUCUAUGUACUCAGACAAGCGGAUUGAAGGAGACACAGAUUAUGGUUUCAAUCUAUUCAAACCAAGUGAAGACUCCAUCAUGAACUGGCUGAACAAUAGAGAAACUGGGUCUGUCAUCUAUGUAUCCUUCGGUACCAUAGCUGAGCUCAAAAAAGAACAAAUGGAGGAAUUGGCAUUUGGGCUGAAGGAAAGCAAUUACCAUUUCUUGUGGGUAGUGAGGGAAUCAGAGAACAAGAAGCUCCCAAAUGGGUUUGCAGAGGAGAUAGCAGAGAAAGGGUUUAUGGUGCCCUGGUGUCCUCAAUUGGAAGUGCUGGCUCAUGGAGCUGUGGGCUGCUUCAUGACACACUGUGGGUGGAACUCAACCAUAGAGUCUUUAAGCUUGGGAGUGCCCGUGGUGGCAGUGCCACAAUGGAUUGACCAAACCACUAAUGCCAAGCUAACUGCUGAUGUUUGGGAAGUGGGAGUGAGGGCUGGGGUGGAUGAGAAGGGUAUUGCUAGAAGGGAAGAGAUAGAGAGAUGCACAAGGGAAGUAAUGGAGGGGGAAAGAGGGAUAGAGAUUAGGAGGAAUGCUAUGAAGUGGAAGGAACUGGCUAAGGAGGCAGUAGAUGAAGAUGGAAGCUCAGAUAGGAACAUUAAAGAGUUUGUUGAUAGACUAUUGUGCAGUCGGAUCGAUUCGAGUCGGCCAGACUCGAUCGGAAAUUGA